UUCGUUACAAAUAUGAACUAAAUCUCCCACGAUAUACUAUACUCAAGUAUAUCAUCGAUCAAAAGAUCGAGGGUAUAAAUUCAAAGCCAUUAAACGUAUAAUUACAAAUCGGGUUCGAAUCAGAAGCAAGUUUGUAGCACAAACGAAGAAAACUCGAGGAUGAACGGUAAGAUAGUGAUCAACUUUGCUCUAACAAUAUGCUUCUUUUGUUGUAGCUCAGGCAGAGUGAUUGAAUCUCCACAUUAUAAUGUGAUUCAUGUGGAGGCAGAAUUUGAGAUUAGACAGUAUAAACAAGUCUCAUGGGUAUCAGCUCUUGUCCAAGGAACAGCCUCCUUUGAGAAGUCCACCCAGCAAGGCUUCCACAGAUUGUAUCAAUACAUUCAUGGUGCUAAUAGCAACUCUUCUCACUUUCUUAUCACUUCUCCUGUCACGACGACCAUUAUGGCAUCGACGCGUGGCCCCGAGCGCUUGGUUAGGUAUUAUCUUCCUUCUAUGUAUACCGAAAACCCGCCGCUGCCCAAUUCUGAACUCAAUGUUCAGUUUGAGAAGUGGAGAAGCAAUUGCUUAGCAGUCAGGAGGUUUUCUGGGUUUGCUAAAGAUGAUAACAUCAACAAAGAAGUUGAAGCUCUAAAGAGCAGCUUGACCAAGUACCUACCUAAGAGUUCAGCCAUCUCAGAAUACACCGUUGCUCAGUAUAAUUCGUCACGUCACCUGUCGGGUCGUUUGAACGAAGUCUGGAUCGACGUUUCAGCUGUUACAUCAGAGGGCUGUCAACGCCGGUAACGAGUUACUGGAGUUGGCUUGAGGACUGUUGCAGGCUGUGUGAAUGUUUAUGGCACAAUAAAAUGUACAAUAAAACUAAAUAAGAAGCCAUACUGUGAUGUAUGUAACACUGUUCUUGAGGUA